UGAUACUCACUUACCUGAAAGUAUCGUUUACGGAAAGAAUACGGUUGACCGAUACAGUUAUAUGUAAAAGAAUAUCUUGAAAUGGAAACCACCGAUGUCACCAAGAAUAAUGACAUCUAUAAUUUGCUUUCUUUCGAGGAAGUGAAAGAGAUGGUGAAACGCUCGUUAAGCAAUGACGCCAAUCUGAUAGAGUACGCUAUUCGGCCGUACUCCGACGGCAAAAUCGGAUUUCUCGGUUCUCAUUAUCGAAUCGAUAUAAUAGCCACGAGGGAAAAGGAAACUGUCACUCUCGCAUUUUUUCUAAAGACUGUGCCAUAUCAUGUGCCCGAUCAAGCCAACUAUGUGAUAGAAAAGGGUGUCUUCCAUAAAGAGACGAAAUUUUACAGCGUCCUAAUGCCGUUGCUCAAUGAGGGAUAUCGCGGAGAACCAUAUGUGCCUACGUGCUACAAAGUGAAGAACGAUUCGAUAGUCUUCGAGGAAUUGAGUAGCAAAGGCUACUCAAUGCGGGAUAAGCUAUUUGACAAGACGCUCGUGCGUGCGGGCUUAAGCGCUCUCGCGCGACUGCACGCUGCCUGCCUGCUGACGGAAACUCGUCUCGGCAAACCCUUAAACCGACUGUAUCCCGACAUUUUCAUAGAAACAGCUUUCGAUCGCGAGGGUAUGACGCGGAAGUGGUUCGACGCGGGUGUCGAUGUUGCUGCAGCCAUAGCCGAGCGGCUGGGACACGAUCCCGACCUGAUACGAUCGACCUGCGAGCAGGUGUAUUACGCUGUGAGGCCGUCACGCACAAAGGCGAACGUGGUCAGUCAUGGAGAUCUCUGGGGCAACAAUCUUCUCUUCAAUAACGACGCGAUGCCUAAAUGCUUACUGAUAGACUUUCAAUUGUUGAGGUAUUCUCCCUUGGCGCACGACGUAGCACAGUUUUUGUACCUGUGCACGGACCGGAAUUUCCGAGAGACUUGGGAAAGCGCGAUGUUGCUUCAUUAUUACGAUACGCUGCGCGAGACUCUAAACAUUCACGAAAUUCAUACGCAAACACCCUCAUGGUCUGAACUGAUCAAAGGCAUGGAGGAACAACGAUUAGGCGCUCUUAUUACCGCGGUAAUCUACUUUCCUACGGUUCUAAUGGACGAAAAUGUUGGCGCCCGGAUUCUGAACGACCCGGCAUCUUACGCCGAUUAUUGUUUUCGUAAUAGGACAGAGAUCGUCCUCUCUAUCAUGGAAAAAGAUCCGGUAUACAAAAGAAGGAUCAACGAAGCUGUCGUCGAACUCGCCGAACUCGCUUCACGACUGGAUCAACUACCAAAACCAUCUUAAAAAGUUAGAGAUGUAGUUUAUUAACGCUCAUCAAAUUUUUUAUUAACGUUACAUCAACGCACUUUGUGUUACAUCACUUAUAUGUUUCAAUUUAUAAGAAAAUUAUGCGUUUACUAAGUUAAUAAUUUUAUUAUCUUACCAUUGUAAUUUUGUACAGCAAUAUUUACACGAAUUAAGGAAAAUUGUCUUGAUCAGGAAAUAUAGUGGAUAGGAAAAACCAA